AUGUCUCAGUCAAAGAAAAUCCAAGGAAAGAUCUUCAGAGGCGAGAAUGACAACGCAAACGAUCUCGCCUCUUCUCGCUCGUCGUCAGAUCCUGCUCUUACCAUUAGCAUCCCAAAGCCUUCCUCUGCGCCUCCCCAGCUUGCCCUGCCUCCCAAACUAUCUAAGGCUGAUUCUAAAGGCGAGUCCUCGUCUCCGAAGCAAAACAAUCGCGACGAGGUUCUACCGUCUUUCCGCACUAGGCUUGCAGAGCAGCUUGGUUCCGAAUAUCAUGGUACAGAACGGUAUCGCCUCAAUCAGGAUGCUCGCAAGGAGGCACACUGGAAGCGGUGGGGUCCGUACGUCAGUGACAGGCAGUGGGCGACUGUCCGAGAAGAUUACUCUGCUAAUGGAGACGCCUGGAGUCACUUUCCUCACGAACACGCGCGAUCGCGCGCUUAUAGAUGGGGCGAGGAUGGAAUCGCUGGUAUCUCAGAUAAUCACCAGCGCCUCAACCUGUCUCUCUCGCUGUGGAAUGGCCAGGAUCGCAUUCUUAAGGAGCGCCUAUUUGGGGUCACUGGCCACCAGGGAAACCAUGGCGAAGAUGUCAAAGAGCUGUAUUACUAUCUUGACUCGACUCCAACCCAUUCUUAUAUGAAGUUCUUAUACAAAUAUCCUCAAAAAGCAUAUCCUUACGAGGAACUAGUGGAGGAAAACAUGCAUCGGGAUCGGAAUGUCUCCGAGUUUGAAAUUUUAGACACAGACGUAUAUGAUGACGAUCGAUAUUGGGAUGUGUUCCUUGAGUAUGCUAAGGACGAACAAGAUCCCGAUAGCAUCUAUGUUCGUAUAACCUCAUACAAUCGUGGUCCCGACCCGGCCACACUACACAUCAUCCCACAAUUUUGGUUUACCAACUACUGGUCUUGGCCGAAUGAGAAGCCGAAAAUGCCAGUGAUGUCAGCUGCUGGCAAUAGCGUUGUUACCGCAGUGCAUCCGACUCUCGGCAAGUUCUACCUAUAUUGUCUUCCCUCGCCGCCGCCGGUCAACGCAAACGGAUCUCCCGUUCUUGACAACGAUGCACCGGAAGGUGAUGAUUCUGAUACUGUGGAACCAGAGUUGCUUUUCACAGAAAACAAUACCAAUUUUCAUCGGCUGUACGGUGGGCAGAACGAGACACCUUUCGUCAAGGAUGCCUUUCAUGAUCAUAUCAUCUCUGCCCAUCGUCCUCCUGCUUCGGAUGGUAACCAUCCCGGCUUCUUUGCUACCAAAAUCCAUACUGGAACCGCCUCUCGCGAGACGCAAUUCAGAGAGACCGUGGAUGCAGCAGAAGCAUCAAGUUCAGAAGAAGAAGAGGGCCCGCGUACCCCAUUCCCGCAGACGCCAUCAUUCGUGAACCCUGAACAACGAGGUACAAAAUCUGCGGCACACUACGUCUUUGAGAAUGUUCCCGCACGUGGUGGUUGUGCCGUCGUGAGGCUCAAAUUAACGAAGCGUAAGCCAGGCCAGGAUCCAAGUAUUGAAGACGAAGGGGUAUUUGACGAUGCGAUUGAGGAGCGUAGGCAGGAAGCAGAUGAAUUUUACAACCAAUUGGUUAUGGGCCCCAUGACGGACGAUUUGAAGCAGAUCAUGAGGCAAGCUCUAGGUGGCAUGCUUUGGACGAAGCAAUUCUAUCAGUUUAUCCAGCAUGACUGGAUGCAAGGAGAUCCCGCGCAGCCACCACCACCUCCUGAACGUAAGUUCGUUAGGAACAAGGAAUGGAAGCAUAUGUACAUCGCGGACAUCUUGUCUAUGCCCGACAAAUGGGAAUAUCCGUUUUUCGCGGCUUGGGAUACAGCAUUUCAUUGUAUACCGCUCGCCAUUGUUGACCCCGCGUUCGCCAAAAAACAGCUCGAUCUACUCACGCGCGAGUGGUACAUGAAGCCCGAUGGUCAGAUCCCAGCGUAUGAAUGGAAUUUCAGUGAUGUGAAUCCGCCUGUUCAUGCCUGGGCCACUUUCCGCGUCUUCAAGAUCGAGAGAAAAUUGUACGGGAAGGAGGACAUCCAAUUCCUCGAGCGUGUUUUCCAAAAAUUGUUGCUAAAUUUCACAUGGUGGGUAAAUCGUAAAGACCAAGGUGGCAACAACGUCUUUGAAGGCGGCUUCCUCGGUUUAGACAACAUUGGUAUUUUCAAUCGUUCGGAACCGUUACCUACCGGUGGUGUGUUACGCCAAGCAGAUGGCACUGCUUGGAUGGCCUUUUACUGCCUUAACAUGAUGAAUAUUGCCUUGGAGUUAGCAAAGCACAACUCAGUCUAUGAAGACAUCGCUUCCAAGUUUUUCGAGCAUUUCAUUUUCAUUGCUGAUGCGAUGACGUAUCGCCAGGGCGACAAUGAAUUCAAUCUCUGGAGCGAAGAAGAUGGCCUUUACUAUGACGUAAUUCAAUUCGACUCAGGCUCAUCCAUGCAAUUGCCAGUCCGCAGUCUUGUCGGUCUUAUACCUCUUUAUGCCACCCUCGUCUUAGAACCAGCAACCAUUAACCGCUUCCCGGGUUUCAAGAAGCGUCUAGAGUGGUUUAUUGACAAUAGGCCUGAGCUCUCGGCAAGAAAUAUGGCUAAUAUAAAAGUGAAGGGACGUGGAGAGCGGAGGCUCUUGGCGCUUGCGAGUAAAGAUCGCUUAAUCCGUAUCUUGGAGAAAAUGCUUGACGAGGACGAGUUCUUCAGCGAACAUGGCAUUCGUUCACUGUCCAAAAAGCACAAAGAUCAACCUUGGGGAAUGGACGUUCAUGGCGAACACUAUGAAGUGAAUUAUUGGCCUGGGGAUUCAAAGUCUGGCAUGUUCGGGGGAAAUUCAAAUUGGAGGGGUCCAAUCUGGUUGGCGGUUAAUUUUUUACUGAUAGAAAGCCUCCAGAGAUUUUAUCAAUACUAUGGCGAUGAGCUACAAAUCGAAUGCCCGACUGGCAGCGGCGAAUAUAUGAACUUGGUGGAAGUUGCCGAGGAGAUUCAACAUAGAAUCAUCCAUAUUUUCGGGCGUGAUGUCGAAGGCAGACGUGCAGCCAAUGGUGGUAACCCUAAACUCGACCAUGACUCUCACUUCAGAGAUUAUGUCUGGUUUCAUGAGUACUUCCAUGCGGAUGACGGCCGUGGUUUGGGUGCUUCUCAUCAGACUGGGUGGUCCGGUCUCGUUGCUUACCAUAUCCUGCAAAGUGGGGCGACCUGCCGACUUCCUAGGACACCGAAAACUCCCCGUAGCCUUGCACACCAUUACUUUGAUGAACACAUUGACACACAGUCUGAAUAUGGCGAUGAAACGCACUCUCUUCAUAGUGCUUACAGCGCUGCCGACUUGAACACUCUUGGUGAUCUUUCUCCUGACGCUCUAUAG